UUUUCACGAGAAAGCACACAUUUAUAUUUCUUGUUGUCGUUUAUCCCAGCACCUGAAAACAUGGCAGAGGCGGAAGAUACCCAGAAGAAGAAGAGGAUUUUCCGAAAGUUUACCUUUCGGGGAGUUGAUCUCGAUCAACUCCUGGAUAUGCCAAAUGAGCAACUUAUGGUUUUGAUGCACGCUCGUGCCCGGAGGCGUUUUUCUCAUGGUCUGAAGCGAAAGUCUAUGGCACUAGUAAAGAAACUAAGGAAAGCAAAGAAGGAAACACCGCCAAAUGAAAAGCCAGAAAUUGUUAAGACCCAUUUGCGUAACAUGAUUAUUGUACCUGAAAUGGUUGGUUCCAUAGUUGGUGUAUAUAAUGGGAAGACGUUUAAUCAGGUGGAAAUCAAACCAGAAAUGAUUGGUUACUACUUGGGAGAGUUCUCUGUCACCUAUAAACCUGUCAAACACGGUAGGCCAGGUAUUGGUGCCACUCACUCUUCCAGAUUUAUUCCACUAAAAUAAUUUGUAUUCUUCUGUGAAUAAAAUAUUUAAAAGUCAA